CAACAGCGUUUUCAGUUCCACAGCGUCUACGAUGGAGUGUGUGUCGGCGAGCUCGUCUAGUUUUUGCUGCUAAACGUGAUCUCGUGCUCUCUCGAACCGUACACGACGCACCCUUUGAAUUGUGAGCGCGCAUUCUACUUAGUCGAUACGCGUCGCUGUUUGACUGGUUGUUGUGGGGUUCUCGGGAAGGUUAGGUGUUUUUAGUGCUCAAUAAUACGUUGCGCCGCGUUGAGUGGUAACAGCAACCUGUGCGUAUUGCGAUCAGUUAUUAACUGAAGUGCAAUGCAGUUUUAUAAGAAAUAGUGCGAACUGUAUAUUUGUGCUAAGAGAAGAGUGAAUAUUGUUCCAACAACCUAGUUACAUAAAGUAAAAGUGCUUACCAUUUGCCAUCCGAUUAUCUGAAUUGGCAGUUAAGGGUAAUCAAAAAGUGAACAAACCCAGAAAAAGUGGCUACAAAGGUAAACGUGAAUGAGUUACGAGGGUUCGAAGGUUUCGAUCCUCGUCCUAAAAUGACUAACGAAUGGAUGGAGUGGAACGACCCCGGGAUUGGCCGUGGCGGUCCUCUCGGCAGGAUUCCGUUACGAGGAGCAAAUCAUCAUAACUUGGGAACUGGACUGUCAAGUGUUGCUGGCGGAAUAAUUGGCAGUGUUGGUGGCAUCGGAGGAAUUCAUAACAAUAAUAAUGUGAACUUUCUUAAUAACAACCAGCAAAGUUUCCUUAAUAGCUACAGUUUGAACAAGUUAGCUUCUACAGGAAUGGGACUAAAGUCCCAUCCGCUGAUGAAAGGCUUACAGAAACCAAGAGAUGUCCCAACACAGAUGCCACCUUUGACGCCGGGUACAAACAAAAAACUGACUGAAGUACUCUACGCAUCAUUCGCUUCUUGGGAGAAGGAAGUACAGACAUUCAAAAUUACCAAAGAUCCUCGGCAAUGGACAGCAGAACAUGUGCUAAUAUGGUUGAACUGGUCGAUCAAAGAAUUCUCCCUCGAGGGUGUGAACAAGGAGCCGUUUCAAAAAAUGAGUGGCCGCGAUAUAGUCGGUCUUGGUCGCGAAGGAUUUCUAGCUAUUGCACCACCAUUCACCGGAGAUAUUCUAUGGGAACACUUAGAAAUACUACAAAAAGAUUGCGAAAAGGCGCUUCUAGAGCACAGUUCUUCAGUUAACAAUGGUGGGUACGAUGCGUCCUGCGGGCAGGCGGCUGGCAGUGUUGGCGUUAACGAACUCAAUGAGUACAACAGUACCCUUCAGCGGUUAAGUGGCCAGCAGCAAGAAUUUGGAAGAGGGAAUGGCUCGAGUAGCAAUAGCAACAGCAGUAAUACUCCCGCAUCUACCUCCAGCACAACUCCCGGCACGACCACUCCAAACAGCAGUAGUACUACUAACACCAGCAGCGGCAGCAACGGAGCGUACGGAUCAGUUCAUGAUCGCAGUACAAAUGAUCGUUCACCGCCACCUCUAAUAACUUCGAGCGGAGGUAACGUAGCAAACGGUAGCACUAACGGCAGCAGUAGCACAUCUUCCAUGGCAUCCUACCUGUCGUCCCUCGGCUCACGGGGUCCGCUAAAUGGGGGCAACAGUUCGGGAACAGGAGGGUCCGUCUACCAUCAGCAGUCAGGGAGCGGUGCUGCGAUGAAGGAGGAGCAAGAACCAAACAGUUUCAUUAACAUUGAUGAUCUGCCGAACUAUGGAGUUGUACCCGCCCAUUAUGACGAUCAGGAUCAGUACCACUCGCUGCCAGCACCGGAAACCCAAACGACUUCACACGGAUACCUCGAAAACAGUCCCGAGUUUUACUCAGCCAUCCAAAUGGAACAAAAGUACAUGCCACCGCACUACAAAUCGGGUCCCUAUACUAGCCGAGGAGGUCGCUAUCAUCAGCCACACCACCACAGCAGCAAUGCCAGUGGUGGAGGAGGUGGUGGUGGCGGAGGAGGUGGAUCGGGAAACCAGCAUACACAGCAGCAGCACCAUCAACAGCACCAGCAGCAGCAACAGCAGCAACAGCAGCAGCAGCAGCAGCAACAGCAGCAGCAGCAGCAGCAACAUCAGCAUCACCAUCCUCAUCAUCAUCCACAUCACCAUGCCCACCAUCAUCCCGCCAGCCAUCAUCAGACGGCUCACCACCCUGACAGCGGUUAUCCUGAGUAUGGAUCACCCUACGAUACCCCUCCGUUCCAGACCGUUCCGAGCAAUACGACCUCACCGCAAAGCUCGGCUACUUCCGGCAACGGAGGGCCAGGUGGUCCCGGAGGAGCAAAUGGAAGUGGUAACAGCAACAAUAAUAACGGAGAUCUGCUCGGCGGUCAUGUUGUAGAUCCGUGGAGCUUACACCAUCCUGGGCAGCAUCCGCACGCCGGGGCACCCCAUCCAUUGCUGGACUUUCAACACCCGGCGUAUAUGGGCACGACCAUGGGCUUCGACAAGACGAUGCUAGGCACGUAUGGAGCUCAAGGUGGUGCACCGUGUUUUACCGGCUCCGGGCCCAUUCAGCUGUGGCAGUUUCUUUUGGAGCUGCUAACGGACAAAACCUGCCAGAGCUUUAUCUCCUGGACCGGAGAUGAGUGGGAAUUCAAGCUGACCGACCCGGACGAGGUCGCACGGCGAUGGGGUGUCCGGAAGAACAAACCAAAAAUGAAUUACGAAAAGCUGAGUCGCGGCCUCCGGUACUAUUACGAUAAGAACAUCAUUCACAAAACGGCCGGCAAACGAUACGUGUAUCGAUUCGUAUGUGAUCUUCAAACACUGCUGGGCUAUUCAGCAAAACAGGUGCACGAAAUGGUUGAUCUCAAACCUGAUAAAAAGGACGAUGAAUAGACUGUGUGAAAUAAGCGGAACUAACACACUCGAACAUACAUACACAAACCCACCCACACACUCACAUACACACACACUCUGUAACUAUCGUUUCGAGCAAGUGCGGCUUGAUAAUACUGAUCUCCUACUUCUUCUCCCGAGCCACAAUCGGAAAACGGGAAAAUUGCUUCUCUAACCACAAGGUGAAGAAAAGCAUCUAACUAUCUAGGGAUGGAAGAAAAUGCGCGCAUCAGAUGUAAAUGACUAACGCGAAGAAAAGUGACUACAAAAGAUUUCCCACCAAAACAAAAUGUAAAACAUUACCGCUAACGGACAGCACGCCCAUUUGUACACUACGAAAUUGUACAUGCUAGUCUCUUUCGAACGAGCACGUUAAAAUGCAAUUGAAUGUGUAAAUUCACUAUUCUAAAACCGAUCUGUAACGUUAACGGUCCACUAGAGCAUGUUUUGGUUCCUUUCAAAAGAAUUAUUUAACGUGCUUUUUUGCAGAUUCACUGUAUGUAGCUCCUUUUUACGAUGCAGAGGCUAUUCUUUCGCUGAUGGGAGCGUUGAUUAUCGUAUCAGUGAACAGAGUAUUAUAUUUGUUUUACCAUGUAACGAGGAAUGUGUACAGAAACGAGGAAUGUGUGUUUUAUCAAACAGCAACAAAAACACAACAAAUAGCGAUUAGUAAUUUACGAACAAAAAGCUUCCAAACCCGACGAACAAAAACACGUUAUAUGGUGUGCUGAGUGCAAAUAAGUAAAAACAACACAAAAAAACAUGUUAGCUUAGGAAAUCAAGCAAGCCCCUAUAAGUUAGUGAUGAGGUAUAAGACAACUUACAAACAUCUACUUAAGCACUGCGCCACAACAACGCCGACACGAGCACGGGCACCACACGAACAACAUGGAAUGGUCCUGUGUUUGAGACAUUUAAUUAAAACACUGUUAGUUGUAAUGUGUAAAGUUAAUACAAUCAAUCAAAUUAAAUGUGUGGCUUUCCAAAAGUGCAUUUUAGAUGUAUGCGCUAUACAGAGUCUGGGAGAUACAACAGUGGUUACAAGAUCAGAAAAGAAGCCUACAGGAUCUUGAAAUGCAAGUUAGUUAAACCAAUUUCGAAGCUUUGUGAUAAGUUUUUAUUGAUAGGUUUUUUUUUUAUUAUAUGUAAGUUUUUUUUGUCUGUUUAACAAUAUUCCUGCAAACAAACAUGGAACGGUCCCAACGGUCACAGGCAGUUCCAAUCGCGUGCCCAAUCUACUAUCUUACUACUUAGAAUUGCCUUGGAAGUUUGCUUUCGUAUUACAGUUCCAAUGGAACAUUGCUUACAUUUGAUUUUUAUUUCUUGUUUUCUCUUUCAAUCUUUUGCUUUUUCUGGUUGGUUCCCUUAUUGUUCUAAUCUUUUAUUGCUUAAUAAUAAUCGGCAAUGAAAGUAAUAAAUUUUGCUUGCACUUGCAAGGAAUCAAGGAUAAUUCAGAUUGCGAAUAAAAACAAAUAUAUUAUGGCAUAACAGCAGUAGCAGAAAAAAAAACAAAAAACGUUUCAUGUUAACAACAGUGUUAACAGAAUAUUAACAAUAAAAAAAAAAAUAAUAAUAAUAAUUACAAUUAUAAAAAAAAAUCGGGAAGGGGAGGAUAAGUCGCAAGCAAUACAACUUUUACCGUUAACAUCCUCAUCUUGAAAGUUGCACUACACAUCUUCGUUAAUGUGUACUUCAAUUCUGAGUGCCUCGUUUCCAUCAACAAUAGAUUUCGGCAAGGCCGCUAUUCAGAUUUGGGUGGUGCAUUUUGUUUUAUUUUGUUUAUUUCAUCAUUUGUGUUAUUUGUUUUAAACGUUAUUGCCCCGACGGUAAUAUGAAGCUAUGUAAAGAUUAAAUAGAGUACAGGAAAAGAGAAAAACGAUCAAACCCCUAUUAAGAUUGUUUGGAAAAUACAAUUUGAGAUCAAAUCAUGACUGUCAUGAUAUUGGCGUCCAUGUUUUUGUUUUGCAGGCCGUAGGUAAAAAUCAGAAGCACACAACAGGCACACGAAAAACAAAGCUAGUUAACCCAAGUAUAAACUUCUACAACAUAUACAGAGUAUAUGCACGAGUUGAUUGUAAGUGAACUACGACAAGCUUCAUGAUACAACAUUCAAACGAUAAUUAUGGGUUUAAUCAGUCUCAAAAGCUGUAACUAUUUGUUUGUCGAGCACUCUAUCGUUGUGUCUGAGGACAAAAGUACAAUCAAUCUGAUCAGGCUAGAGCAAUCGAACCAACGAUAUCCACUAACAUUCACGCUAAAUAAUUGCAUCGCUGUAGGAGAGAAACCGAUUGGAGUCAAAUUGUCCAAAAAAAAACUUUGUGUGUGUUUGUGUGUAUUUGUAUACUUGUCGGCCGUGUGCAGUAAUUCAAACUAUAUGAGCAUUGUAACAAAAUAUCACAUCCAUCAAACAGUUAGAUGGGUCGGUAGCGUAAAAUGAUGUAGUAAAGUAAAAACGUUAAACGCAAAUGCAGGUUACUAUAAAUUGAUGUAAAAACAAGUAAAACAGUAGUAAAGUAAAACGACGCAGAGAGGAACAAAAAAGAAAAUAAACCCUUAUUUAGUGGUAAGGAAAAGAUAAGUAAUUAUUGAAAAUAAUAAUAAUAAUAAAAAAUAUACAAAACCAAA